AGACGUGAUAGUAUUACACAAUAUAAGUGUUUAAUAAUACGCGAUGUAAUGUUAGUAUUUAUAGGUUAAGUUUAUGUGAUCGUGAAAAUAAAUGUACUUUAACAAAGAACAGUGAUAUUUAAUUUGUAAUUUAAAAAAAUAACAAGGAAAAAUACAAGUAGUUAUUCUGAAUUCGACGACCUCUAGUGAGACUUGACAAGAUGGUGCAAUCGGUAUUUGGAGUAUGGGACUACGCCAUAAUGGCUUUAACAAUGAUCGCAUCCAUCGCAAUUGGACUAUAUUUUCGCUUCAGCGGCGGAAAACAAAAAACAAAUGAGGAGUAUCUUCUCGCAGAUCGAAACAUGUCUAUACUGCCCGUGGCAGUUUCCCUGAUGGCAUCAUUCAUGUCGGCCAUUACGCUUCUUGGGGUGUCAUCAGAAAAUUAUUCCUAUGGAAUGCAGUUCGUCGUCAUCAACAUAUCGUAUGGCAUCGCUACACCGAUCGCAAGUCGGUAUUACCUGCCAGUGUUCUUCGGGCUACAGAAGACGAGUACUUAUGAAUACUUGGAACUACGCUUCGGGCCUCACAUACGAGUGCUAGCCUCCCUCACAUACACUCUACAAAUGAUACUCUACAAUGGCAUCGUGCUUUAUGCUCCUGCUAUAGUCCUAGAAGCGGUGACAGGCCUGGACAGACUGAUAUCUAUACUAGUCGUUGGAUUGGUGUGCACUUUCUACGCAACUUUAGGCGGAAUGAAAGCCGUAAUCUGGACUGAUCUUUUGCAAUCCCUGUUGAUGUUCGGUGCUGUGUUCAGCGUAGUUGUAUUCAGCUCUGUACAGCUUGGAGGCUUUGGGAAAAUAUUUACAAUUGCGAAAGAGAGAGGAAGACUUGAGUUUGACAGUUUUAGUUUCGACCUGACAGUAAGGAAUACUUGGUGGUCACUGAACUUCGGAGGUUUGAUCACGUAUUUGUCUCUGUAUGCGGUUAAUCAUACUCAGAUUCAGCGUCUUCAGACAGUGAGAACGCUGGAGCGCUCCCAGGCGUGCCUGUGGUGGAGCUGGCCGGUGCUGUCCGUGCUCAGCAUCUGCACGUGCAUGAGCGGGCUCGGCAUUUUCGCCGUGUACAAGGACUGCGACCCGCUGGCGGUCGGCAGCAUCACUAAGAUGGACCAGCUAAUGCCCUACUACGUGGUGGACGCGAUGAAAUCCGUGCCCGGCCUGGCGGGUUUGUUCGUGGCCGGCAUCUUCAGCGCCUCGUUGUCCACUGUGUCAGCCGCCUGCAACGCUCUGGCUGCCGUCACGCUCACUGACUACGUUGGCAAAUGGUGCCACGUGCGUGACUCGUACAUCCCCUGGCUGACGAAGCUGGCCGCCUGCGGAUAUGGCCUCGUAUUUCUGGCCCUGGCGUUCGUGGCCGAACAUCUGGGCGGCUUGCUUCAAGCGGCGCUCACCAUCUUCGGAGCUGUCGGAGGUCCAAUGCUCGGAGUCUUCACUUUGGGCAUGUUCACUACCUUCACUAAUGAAAACGGUGUUUGCGUUGCCCUGCUCAGCGGGAUGGCUGUAACACUGUGGAUCAGUUUCGGAGGCCCCCGGCCGCCGCCUGUCAGUUUGCCGGUUAGCGUGGCUGGGUGUGCUGCUAACAUUACCCUACCAGAGACUCGGACUACGGAUCCCAGUGACUACUUCUACUUGUACAGAGUGUCUUACUUGUGGACUAGCCCAAUCGGGUUACUGUGGGUACUGGUGGUAGGUUCGCUUGUGUCGCUAGCGUGGAAGCGCCAGCACCCGUGGCAACGAGCUGGUCGCAAGCAUCCCGACCCAGCACUCUUCACUCCGCCUCUCGCUCGUCGGUUGCGACACACGCAGGAGACGAAAACGGAUGUACAGUGCGAGCUGUUGAAGCGGUGAGUGACCGAACAUGCUACGUAACGUAAUUUAUUUAUGUUUUGUAUCUUGAAUUUAGAUUUAUUUCAUAAUUAGCUAGCGAAUGGUAAAUGGUAUUAUCAUAUGGUUCAAUUUGUGUAUGCGCCAUCAGGCCUAAAAUGCAUUCGA